AUGUUCACCCGGGUCAUUGUUGGGUGUUAUUCAAGGUGGGAGUUUGAUAAUUGUGAAGUUAGUGUUGAUAGUAAGUCUGUUCAAGAGAUGUUAGGAUUACCAUCUGGUGGCUCAUUACUUUCAAACAUGGAUUACAUUUCGGAGAAUAAUGAAGAGAGCUGUAUGUUUGAGUGCAAGAAACAAUAUGAAAAUAUUGAUAAAUUGAGAAUGAAACAGCUAAAGAAUGAACUUGUUCAAAGUAGUGCUGCGGAUGACAACUUCAAAAUCAAUUUUUUGGGAUAUUGUAUUGCCUAUGGAACAGAUGUUAUUGGUUUUAGAGCUAAUUAUGAAAUCUUUUUUAAAAAAACCAAUUUGCAUGUUAGUGUUCUUGAUUCAUGGUCUCGUAUACUAAAUCAUCAAGAGAAAUUCAGAGAUGUUGUUAAUUCUCCACUCAGAUUGUUCAUGAAUUCUGACACUGAACGUGCUUUUGAGGUUAUCGAUAAUGGUGCAGAUGAUGCUGAUUUCGAUGAUAAGUAUGGUGCAGUUUUUAAACCUCUUAUAUGUAGCAAAGAUUUGUUAUGUUCAAUGGAGAUAAUCUUUCUAAGUAAUGGUGGAAGAGUUCUUGGAGUCAGCUACAAUCUGUAUGAAAAUCUAGCUAGGAAUAUGAAGAACAAGAAUCUUGGAAAAUGGGGAACGUGA